UUUCAACCUUACUAUACUCUAUAGAGGGAUGGCCAGCACUAGUGGCUGCGCUUCCCAGCGGGCGUGAAAAGGGCGGUUGGCCUUGCCUUGCCUUGCACCCAGACUCCUGGGUUUUGCUCUCCUUCAGCCCAACAAAUAACGAAGUCGUCGAUUAUUUUGUCUCACCCCGAAGGUGCAGAUCCGGUAACGAUGGCCAACCCACCUAUGAGCGAGGCCAAACCGUCCGCCGUCCAGGCCAACAAUAGCGAAUAUGAAAACUCCGACAGCGAUCCGAUAGUUUACACCAAAGGCGGCACUGCACAUGAUGGCGAAGAUAUGCACCGUAUGGGAAAAUUGCAGCAACUGAGGCGCAACUUUCGGAUUUCCUCUAUUUUCGGGUAUUCCGUCGUUAUGGGAUGUACCUGGGAGUAUGCGCUUGUCAUCGUUGGCCUCUCCUUGCUGAAUGGCGGUACCGCGGGCGGCAUUUGGCUCUUCUUGACUGUCUGUUUUGGGAUGUUCUUUGUGGUGCUCUCCCUAGCUGAGAUGGCUUCAAUGGCACCCACCGCAGGAGGCCAGUAUCAUUGGGUUUCUGAAUUCGCGCCGCCCAAACGACAGAAGUUCCUGAGCUAUAUCACCGGGUGGUUUUCAGUCAUCGGCUGGCAGGCAGCCAUGGCAAGUACAUGCUUUGCUGUCACUCAACAGCUUCAAGGGUUGAUUGCCUUGAAUGUGGCAGACUACACCAUCGAAGGCUGGCAUAGUACGCUCUUUUGUGUCGCCGUAGCAACGUUUGCAAUCCUUUGGAAUACUGUCCUUGUCCGGACACUUCCACUGUUGGAAGGCAUCGUAAUGAUCCUCCACGUAUUCGGAUUUGUCGCCUUCGUCACUGUACUGUGGGUUCUUGGUCCUCGAUCCGAUCCUAAGGUGGUUUUCACGGAUUUUCAAGAUAAUGGCGGCUGGGGAAACAUUGGCCUCUCAUGUCUUGUGGGAUUGACCGGCCCCGUCAUUACCCUGAUUGGGGCGGACUCGGCGUGUCACCUGUCAGAAGAGCUCAAGGACGCAUCGUGGGCACUCCCAAGAUCCAUGGUAGCGACCGCCCUCCUCAACUAUACGCUAGGCUUUAUCAUGACCAUCACUGUUAUGUCCACCCUUGGAGACGUUGAAGACAUUCUCUCAACCGCAACUGGGCAGCCUUAUAUUCAAGUCAUAUUCAACGCAACGCAGUCGCGCAAAGGAACAUCCGUCAUGACCGCUUUGGUUGCUACGCUGCUUCUAUUUGCUGCCGUCAACCUGGCAACGACAGUGUCGCGUCAGCUCUUUGCGUUUGCACGAGACCGAGGACUUCCUGCCUCACAAUGGCUUUCGCAUGUUCCCACUGGCUGGGAUAUCCCGCUGAAUGCCGUUAUCACGACAUUGACCAUCACUACCUUGCUCAGUCUCAUCAUUAUCGGCUCGUCCAUCGCUUUCAACGUGAUCAUCUCGAUCGGACAAGUCGGCACUGUCGGCUCGUACAUCUUUGCCAUUUCAUGCAUUUUCAGAAAACGCCUGGUCGGUGAACCGCUCCUGCCCUCUCGGUUCAGUUUGGGCCGGGCCGGGUUGGCCAUCAACACCAUCGCAUUGUGUUUCCUAGCCGUGGCAUUUGUCUUUCCUUUCUUUCCGCUGAACAAGAAUCCCACUCCCGCCGAGAUGAAUUGGAACGUCCUCGUUACGGGCUUCACUCUGGCGGUGGCUGUGGUUUAUUAUGUCUUCCGAGGACACAAAACCUAUGCAGGCCCGGUUGAAUAUGUUCGGCGCAACGAGUAGGAAAGCAUCGAAAAGCAUCGAAAGCAUGGAAUAGAAUGGAUUUUGUAACAGCUGCUGUAUGCAAUGAUAUCUGUUCAGUGUAAAUAGUUAUAACUCUGGAUCGGAGUCCAACGCAUGCGAUGAGGUGAGUUUUGCUAUUACCUAAGAACUACCCGUCCUAUCCUGAGGAGGAGAGCAUACUGCAUCUUUUCACGUCCGACUGAACAGCAGCGGGUCGCAGGGG